CGUCAAGAAAUGCCGCGCAGACUGUACAUAAACAAAGUCACCGACUAAUUACUCUAAAUUCAUGCACUCCUUUCCCCCCCUCUUUCUCAUAAUCCUUUCGUCAUAUCGCUGAUCAUGGCAUCCGUGCAACCUCCGAACCCUUUACCGCCCGAUCAAAACGUCGGUCCAAUCCUUUUAGGCAUCUCGGGAACGUGUCUCGCCCUGGUGAUCAUCACCACUAGUGUAAGAAUAUGGGUACGCUCAGCCCUACGAUCGUCAGGUUGGGACGACUACACGAUCGUCGUUGUUACAUUGCUCGGCAUCGCGCGGUUUGGCGUGCAGGUUGGACAAAUUUCGAUCCUGCUGCUUUUGUUGAGGAUCAAGGAUUCAAAGAAGGUGAGAUAUGCGGCUUGGGGAAUCAUGGCGGGAUUGGUUGUUACGAAUUUUGGAUGCAUUAUUAUUUUGCUGUCUGAAUGCAGACCCGUCAGCGCUUAUUGGACUGGUGUCGGCGAUUGUUGGAACCCGCGGAUUCGAAUCUACUACAUUUACGCUACGAUUGUCUUCGUGAUAUGGAACACCAGCCUUCCAUUGAAGACGAAGAUCUCAGUCUGGGCCUUGAUGAGCUUGGGGCUAGUCGCCACUGGCUUCGGAAUCGCCCGCGCAGCUUCCCUCGGCGUCGUGACAUCAGAUCUAAGCUGGGUUUACGCCAUAACGGCAAUCUGGUCAAACCUCGAACUCUACCUUGGCAUAGUCGGCGCAAAUCUGGCCCUCAGCCGCUCAAUAUUUGCAUAUUUCUUUCGCGAAGGCGGUACGACCAAGGGGUCUUCAUACGGCGGUAUGCCUAGAUCGACAUCGGCGUCGAGAAAUCUUAGAGUUCCGAAUUCGAGUGGCUUUCGAUCGGGUCAAAGUCAUCUUCAGUCGAUAGACCAGGAUAGUGAGAUUUCGUUGGUGCAGACGACGAAGAAACAACCGAGUACGUGGUAUACGGAGGAGGGUCCGAGUGAUGAGAAUUUGCAGACGGGGAAAGGGAGUAGGAGUGAUGGAUGA